CUCGUCUCUGCACCUCCUUCCUGUUUUCUCUUCUUUUUUUUAACCUUCUCUGUACCAGCAAUUAAAUCCACUCUUCUUCUUCCUCUUCUUCUUCUCCUGCUCUCCAUACGUCCUCCUGAGCCUGAGUGAGCGGCACCUGUGCAGAGUGGAGUUCGCCGGGCCGAGGCAGUGCGUUGAACAGGGGAGGGCGGGGAUAGAAAACACCCCUGGAACACCUGACUUAACAUUUCAUGAAGAUAUGUGGAGACUCAGGAAGUGAUCUCCUCCUCUUCCAGCCUUUUUUUUUUGUUUUGCCCUGAGCUGUUUGUUCACCUGUUUUGAUCGCAACACCUGGAAUGCUUAACGUGGACUGAUGGAUGUUUCCGAACUGUGCAUCCCUGACCCUCUCUGCUAUCACAGCCAGUUGCUAACCAGAAUGCCCGCUGAGGACCGACACCUCUCCUCGAGCUGUGGUUCCUACGUCAAAACCGAGCCUUCCAGUCCUUCCUCCUCACUCGUGGACACCGGCAGUCACCACAGUCCCAGCGGCAACUCCGACGCCAGCGGCGGUUACAUCAACGGCAGCGGCGGACGCUCGCACGCCCUGGACUCCCCGCCCAUGUUCAACCCGGGCAUGCUGGGAGGCGGCAGCGCCUGCCUACGCCGCUACGAGGAGUGCUCCGGCGGCAUGGCGGAUGACUCGACAAUCAAGUGCGAGUACAUGCUCAAUGCCAUCCCCAAGAGGCUGUGCUUGGUGUGUGGUGACAUUGCCUCGGGCUACCACUACGGGGUGGCCUCCUGCGAGGCCUGCAAAGCCUUUUUCAAAAGGACGAUACAAGGUAAUAUCGAGUACAGCUGUCCGGCCACCAACGAAUGUGAGAUCACCAAACGGAGACGCAAGUCGUGCCAGGCCUGCCGCUUCAUGAAGUGUCUCAAAGUCGGCAUGUUGAAAGAAGGUGUGCGUCUGGACAGGGUGAGAGGAGGGCGACAGAAAUACAAACGGAGACUGGACGGAGAGAACGGCGCCUACCUCGGCCUCACCAUCCCCCCUCCUGCCAAAAAGCCAUUGACGAAGAUCGUUUCCCAUCUGUUGGUGGUGGAGCCAGAGAAGAUCUAUGCCAUGCCUGACCCCACCAUGCCAGACGGAGACAUCAAGGCCCUGACCACGCUGUGCGACUUGGCCGACCGUGAGCUGGUGGUCAUCAUCGGCUGGGCCAAACAUAUCCCAGGUUUUUCCACUCUCUCACUGGCAGACCAGAUGAGUCUGCUGCAGAGCGCCUGGAUGGAGAUCCUGGUGCUGAGCAUCGUGUUCCGCUCGCUGCCCUGCGAGGAUGAGAUAGUGUACGCAGAGGACUAUGUGGUGGACGAGGAGCAGGCCAGGAUCUCGGGCCUGCUGGACCUGCACGUCGCCAUCCUGCCACUGGCCCGGCGCUACAAAAAGCUGCGCAUGGAGAAGGAGGAGUUUGUCACGCUCAAAGCCAUCGCCCUUGCCAAUUCAGACUCCAUGCACAUAGAGAACAUCGAGGCCGUCCAGAGGCUCCAGGAUUCUCUCCAUGAGGCCCUGCAGGACUUUGAGGGCUCCCAGCACCCAGAGGACCCUCGGCGAGCAGGCAAGCUCCUAAUGACCCUGCCUCUGCUCCGCCAGACUGCCACCAAGGCAGUACAGCACUUCUACAGCAUCAAAAUGCAGGGCAAGGUCCCCAUGCACAAACUAUUCCUCGAGAUGUUGGAAGCCAAGGCUUGACGCCCGGCCACGUUCGACAGACAGCUGCAUCGGCCAGUGAGCGGCGAGAGACAGCCCGUAAAAAUAAAGGCAGCGUGCCAAUUUGACAGGGAGAGGAUGAAGCUUUGGACGACCGGGUCAUUUUAACACUUUUAAAAUCGUAAUAAACAGAAAAGAAAAAAAGGAACUUGAGAGGUGCGGAUAUCAACCUGAUUGAUGUGGGAUCACGGUGAUGAUGUAAAUAGAGAUGUUUGUGUACAGAAAUCAGGCAACUAAGGUCUUGUUAUAACCAGAGACCCACUGCUGUAUAUCACCUGAAGCUUCUGUGAAUUUGUUUCUUAUUUUCAUCUCAAAAUGGAAGUGUGUUAAUAUAAAUGUCCUAAAGUUUUUUUUUGUUUUUUUGUUUUUGUUUCUUUGAUAUUUCCUAAUCUCAGUUGUUCUCAGCAAUAGUCUCUAACUGGUCUACAUAUAAUAUGUGUACUGUAUAUUUGUGUGAAAUUGCACUGGCUGGGGGAGAAUUGUAAGACAUGUUCUUAUGUUCAUCUUCAAAGAAAGCGCCGCCCACCGCGGGAACGCAAGGGUUCUCGAUUUCCUCGUGAUAUAUUUACCUCAUAGUAGCUUUGUCAGCUUUGAUGGUUAUAGUCAACUUGGUGCUCACAGAAGGACAGUUGGUUGGCUGGCGAUCAUGGUUCUCAAAGAGUUUGCACUAAGCAUCAAUAAAUAACGUGGCAAUAAUGGAUAACUGUAUGAGCGAGCUCCGUGUGGUGGCGUCCGAGUGUUGGGUGUUUGGGUUCGUCGCUCGUCACCUCUCUCUGCGUUCCGUGUCACGCGGUGGCAACUAAACAUACUGUGAAACCUACACGUGUGUAUACUCUGUGCUCUGAAUCUAUGUGGACUGUCAUAAAACCUUUAUUUUAUACAAAUACAGAUAAGGGACACGAUUGAGGCAACAGCUAUGCAAUUCAAUGCGAUCUAACGCAACCCGAUAGUCGUGCAAUAAACACAUCGCAACCUCUGUGAUGACCGCCUGUGGUCAUUCUGAGUCUCUACGUUGUGAUGGUGCUGUAUUAGAUUGCAAUAUAUUGUGUAGGUUUUGCUUUUUCUUGUGUCGCUAUAGUAUUGAUCACAUUAGAUCCACAGUGACUUUAAAAACAGAAAGAAUAGAUAUCCAUUCAUCUGCAUGAGGGUCGCGGGGGCUGCUGGCGACAAUUUCACAGGGGCGAACAGCGGGGUACACCCUCGACAGGCUGAAUAACACAUGAGACCUCACAUUAGCUCAUUGUUAAUGAAGGGGUUAAUCGUCGAGGCUGUUAACUGUACAUUUGUGCAAACACUGACACUUUGAUGCAUUGAUGUGAACGUGCUAGUUAACACAUUCAAAGACAUACACUGAGAGCGUUGUAUUUAUCUAUCGAUCAUAAACCAGUUGCCAAAUGAUGAAAGAAAUCGGCAGAGUAAGGUGACACAGAUAUCAAGGUAUUUCUUACAAAAUCAUACAAUAAUUACACAACAUUCUGAGGCAGAUAUUGUCCUUUAUGAACACUUGAAAGCAGCCGUGUCUUUAAAGUGUCAAGUGCCAUUAGCUUCUGCCCAAACGAGGUGAGAUGAGAGAAAGCCGAGCGACCAGUAACUACGGACAAUCCCCCGCAGGGACACACGCUAUUGAUUCACUGUAAUGUAAUGCAUAGAUAAUUAAAACCCAACACAUUAGAGAAUACAAUUCCCAUGAUGC